AUGCCUGUUCUCGAUACGCGACUCAUCCAGGAGGGGAUGAUGGAAGUUGGUCACGAAAUUAUGAAAAGGAGCGUCGACCACACUGUACUAGAGACACUGGCAGUGGCUGGUACAUGUAUAUUUGGUGUGGGCGGCUUCAUUUACUGGAUCAACCACCGGUGA